AUGUGCCAUCGUGAAGACAAGGUGAAAGAGACAGUGCUUCGCUGCAGGGCGCCCGCGUGCAGGCGCAGCGCGCGGUGGCCGGAGCGCGCGUGCUACAGCGCCGAGCGCGAGCCUUCGCCCGCGGAGCUGAAGCUGCGCGGCGGGGCCCGCGCCGCCUUCGCCUACCCGCGCCGCCUGCUGGACGUCCUGGACCUCCGCCUGCCCGACGAGGCCAGCAUCUUCUUCGUGGACGCCUCCUGCCAAGGGGACACGCAGCUGCGCCUGAGCGCGCGCAGCGCGUGCGCAGUGGAGGCGGCGGCGCGCCUCAACCCGCGCAGGACGGUCAUCCUGCUGGCGACGGCGGCCUACGGCAUCAGCGCCGACCCGCAGGUACACUCCUCCCCACCGCUCCCAAGGGCACAGCCGCACUGUUGCCUUGUGCAAGGCGCGCAGACGACAGCGUACCGAUUGCAGGCAAUGGAAUGUCAAUCCUUGCCUAAGAGGACUUUAACUUUUAAAACGGAAGAUCAUCAUGAACGGAGGACAACAAAGGGGUUGUAAAAUUAUUGACAUCAAACAAAAUAGUUAUUUUGAAAUAAUACUAACGGUUCGAUAUUUUUAGGUUAGCUAUGAAGCGCAGAAUCUGCCCAACGAAAUCAUAAUGUCAAGUCGGCCCAAAGAUUGCCAUGAACUUUUAUUUUUAGACAUGAUAUUUACGUCCAGUUUUAUAUAUAUUGUAAUGUUUUCAGUUUUCUAAGUUUGUUUCUUUGUAGUAAAAAAUUAAUUUUUUGCAGUUAGAGUAGAAAAUGCGACAUUUCAUAUCUAAAUAAAAAAGGGUCCCAUAUAUCGUUUUGUAAUACGUUGCAGCUACUCAGUGAUAAUUUUGUGUAUUUGUCUUUUACAAUUUGAUAACAAUGUUUCAAACAUUCUCACGCUGGUAAGAAAGACACGUAUGUAUUAUAACUAGGAUAUGCUCGAAUGUUUUUGUGGAAAGUGU